AGGUGAGAGGUCAGAGUUACUUUUUCACAUUUGCAUGACAUCGUGUGAUGCCUCGAUCAAUCCUAUUUCAUUGUUCUUCUGUUAAUGCUCGUCACCAUCGAUGAGAGUUUUUUAGUGUUUGUGCACGACAGUGUAGAGAAGGAAACUGUUUCUGAACACAAACCAAGCUAGGAAGGUACACUAUCAUUACCUACAGAUAAAAGGUGAUUGGCGGCGCUCUUUCAAGGCGAACAUAUCGCCACCUGUCACGUGGUCCAACAAAAGAGCAACAAAUCCAAAGGUCAGGGCGGGGAGAAACAACUUUUGAAACCUAGUUAAAACAGUGUGUUAGCUAUACACCUGACAGUCUGGAUAACACCUGUACCUAUUUUCUCUCAUCACAUCAGUCGUCAAAAAGCUACAUCGUAUCGUUUCCAUGGAUACCAGCACACUACAGGGGGUGUUCAUGACUCCUCCAUCCUCCCCUCUGCCCACGGAAGAGACGAGGAAAUCUCCGGCACUGGCCAUCAGCGACCUCAACUACUACGUCCAAUACCGUUCCGCCCCCUGGUGGCGAGGGGCCUGCUUCCGAAAGGCGCACGUAAAGCACGUGCUGAAUCACGUGAACCUGGCACUUCCGGCCGGCAGCUUGACGGCGCUGGUGGGAAGUUCAGGUUCCGGGAAAACCUCUCUUCUUGACGUCAUCGCCUUUCGAGCGGCUGGUGACGUCACUGGCAGGAUCAUGUACAACGGGCUGAGGUGCACGAGUGAGAUGAUGCGUCACCAGUGUAGCUACGUCAUCCAGGCUGACAGGCUGCUUCCCAACUUGAGCGUGAGAGAAACACUGAUGUACACAGCUUACCUCAAGCUUCCUGGAGACACGACCAGAGAACAGAUACAAGAAAAGGUAGAGGCUGUGAUUGCUCAGAUGGGCCUGCGCGUCGUCGCCGACUCGAGGAUAGGUGGCGCUGUUGUACGUGGCAUUUCCGGUGGCGAAAAAAGGCGUGUUACUAUCGCCAUCCAGCUGCUGCAGGACCCCGACAUUCUUCUCCUGGACGAGCCAACGACAGGCCUCGACAGCUUCACAGCCCGCCACCUGGUGGCCAGUUUGCAGCAACUGGCCCGGCAGGGGAAGCUAGUAGUGGUGUCCAUUCACCAGCCUCGGUCUGACAUUGCCCGCCUUAUUGACCACAUCGUCCUGCUGAGUCAGGGUCAGGUGGUCUUCAACGGGCCUUCCACACAGCUUGUGCCCUACUUCACAGAACUGGGAUACCCAUGUCCAAGAUACACCAAUCCUCUUGACACCUACAUGGAUGUCAUGGGCAUAGACAGACGAGACGGCGAGCGCAUGCUGGCAUCGUCACAGCGCGUGCAGGAACUGAUCGAAGCUUACCAGGAGUCGGAGCUUUUGAAGUCCACCAAGAAGACAGUGGCGCGUGAAAUGAGCGGACCUGUGGGCCACGUCAGUCCUCGAAACGGUGCCACCUCCCCGGGGUGGGGUCGCAUCUUCAGCACAGUCCUGAAUCGUUUGACUCUCAACCUUUACCGCGACAAGAUGGCCUUCAUCAACCGCUUUAUCUUACUGCCAGCCUUUGUACCCUUCAUCCUCAUCUUCCUCGGCCGUCUCCAGAACAAUCAGCGAUCCAUCCAAGACCGCCUCGGCCUUCUGUACCAGAGCGUCCAGGUUCCACCCUAUGUGGGCAUCCUCAAUGCCCUGGCUCUGUUUCCAGCGUUGAGAAACCAUUUUUACCGGGAAGGACUUGACGGGUUGUACUCCUCGGCGACCUUUCUGCUGGCCUACACCAUCCACAUCGUUCCUUUCGUCGCCGUGGCUAGCGUCCUCUUCUCCGCCUUUCUGUAUUGGGUGACAGGUAUGAGCGCGGACGCGGACAAGUUCGCUAUUCACAUCGCUGUGGUCUUCGUGCUGCACCUUGUGGGCGAGCUGCUGACGGUGGCGAUGAUGGGGGUCUUCCGCAACCCACAGCUGGCCAACACCACCACCGCGCUCAUCUUCACGGCUUCCGGUCUGGUGGCUUCUGGCUUUCUCAGGGCCAGCCAGAACAUGGUCAGCAUUCUACAGUUGCUGAGCUGGGUGUCCGUGCAUAAGUAUUCCAGCGAGAUUCUCGUGGUCAACGAGUUUCAUCAGCUCAACCUCACCUGCAAUGACGCAAUUCAAGGUGUGCCCUGCGUACCCAACGGAGAUGUGUUUCUGGAUGCCAACUACCCAGGAGCCGUGGAUCAGGUCCAGCGCAACAUCGAGAUUCUCAUCGCCUUCCUCGGGGGACACAUACUCGUGGCCAUCGUCUGCUUCAAAGUCGUGGGCUUGAGGAUAUUGCAGUAAAUACUCGAAGGGGACAUGAAACCAGCAAACUUUUCAGAAAAACUGCUUGAUUCGCAAGAGUCUAUCCAUUUCCUGAAACCUCAUUCUUAGAUGUCCAUAAAAUAAGAUACAAAAUGUAGAAACUCGCUCUACAUGUUCUACAGAAAUCCACCGUCUAGUCGCCAUCUUUCUCGAAAAGCGUAUGAUGUGAUCUUUCCUUGGUGACACUGGCUGCUCUCUCUCUCUCUGUACAUGAUGGGAAAGCUUGUGUUAAUGGAAGGACUGAACAAAAUGACAGCUUGUUGGAGCAGUCUCGGACUGUGUUCCUAACAGGCUCGAUUCAACCACUGCUCUACCCAACAGCCCACGCGGAGGGAGGACGUUCAUACGAUGAUGACAGUCUGAUGGCGGCACGGCAUUCUUGCGUGACUAUGUAUAGUUUGAAAUGUGUGUAAUUGUUCUUGACAUUGACUCUAAAUUAUGUUUGAUAGGACGAUCAGUAAAGACACUAAAUGAUACUCCUUUAAUGUGAUAAUAGCUUGUUAGAUGCAUAAAACGACAAAAGGAUAAUCUGAAAAAUAAUGAUGAACUGCAAAUAAAAGGAUUACUAAGAACACUGGGUGAAGUAAC